CGGUGCCCUGGGCGUCCAGGAGGCGGUCCGCCCCGCCGAUGGCGCAUAAAACCGCUGGCCACCUGCCGGGCCGCUCCUCCGUGCGCUGCGGCCCGCGUCCCCGCAGUCGCUGCUUGUGUCGCCUCCGUCCCCGUCUCGGUCCCUCCACAGGCGCGGAGCCCCGCGAGCACCGCGCGGGCCCCGGGGCGCGCAGGCAUGGGCAGCCGCUCUAGAGCGCGCCGGGUGGCCGCGGCGCUGGGCUUCGUCGGGCUGCUGUGCGCCGUGCUAGGCGUUAUCAUGAUCGUGAUGGUGCCAUCGAUCAUCAAGCAGCAGGUCCUCAAGAAUGUGCGCAUUGACCCCAACAGCCUGUCCUUCAACAUGUGGAAGGAGAUCCCUGUCCCCUUCUACCUCUCCGUCUACUUUUUCGACAUCACCAACCCCAGUGAGAUCCUGCAGGGUCAGAAGCCGCAGGUGCGGGAACGUGGGCCCUACGUGUACAGGGAGUUCAGGCACAAGGACAACAUCACCUUCAACAACAAUGACACGGUGUCGUUCCUCGAGUACCGAAGCUUCCAGUUCCAGCCCGAAAAGUCCCAAGGCCUGGAGAGCGACUACAUCUUCAUGCCCAACAUCCUCGUCUUGAGUGCGGCGAUGAUGAUGGAGAAUGGGCCCAUUGGCCUGAAGCUGCUCAUGACCUUGGCAUUCAGCACCCUUGGUGAACGGGCCUUCAUGAACCGCACUGUCAGAGAUAUCAUGUGGGGCUAUGAGGACCCCCUCAUCAGCCUCAUCAACAAGUACUUCCCAAACGCAUUCCCCUUCAAGGGCAAGUUCGGGUUAUUCGCUGAGCUCAACAACUCCGAUUCCGGGCUCUUCACUGUGUUCACAGGAGUCAAAAACUUCAGCAGGAUCCACCUCGUGGACAAGUGGAACGGGCUCAGCAAGGUCAACUUCUGGCAUUCCGAUCAGUGUAACAUGAUUAACGGGACUUCUGGACAGAUGUGGGCACCAUUUAUGACUCCUGAAUCCUCGCUGGAAUUCUACAGCCCCGAGGCCUGCCGGUCCAUGAAGCUCGUCUACAAGGAGCAGGGAGUGUUUGAAGGCAUCCCCACCUUUCGCUUCGUGGCUCCCAGCACCUUGUUUGCCAACGGGUCUGUCUACCCACCCAAUGAAGGCUUCUGCCCCUGCCGGGAGUCCGGAAUCCAGAACGUCAGCACCUGCAGGUUCAAUGCACCCUUGUUUCUCUCCCAUCCUCACUUCUACAACGCUGACCCAGUCCUGGUAGAGGCAGUGUCUGGCCUCCACCCUAACCCAGAAGAGCAUUCCUUAUUCCUGGAUAUCCACCCGGUCACCGGAAUCCCCAUGAAUUGCUCUGUGAAACUGCAGCUGAGCCUCUACGUUAAGUCUGUGAAGGGCAUCGGACAAACCGGGAAGAUUGAGCCGGUGGUCCUGCCGCUGCUGUGGUUUGCAGAGAGCGGGACAAUGGAGGGUCAGACCCUUCAGACGUUCUACACCCAGCUGGUGUUGAUGCCCAAGGUGCUGCACUAUGCCCAGUACGUGCUCCUUGCCCUGGGCUGCAUCCUGCUGCUGAUCCCCAUCAUCUACCAAAUCCGGAGCCAAGGCCCCAAAGAUGCCGCCAGCCAGCCCAGCCUGGCCACUCAGCCAGACCAGCUCCCCAGCCCCUCCACCCCGCUUCUUCAGGACUCUAUCAGCGGACAGCCCACCAGUCCCAAAGUCUGAGCCCCCCCCACCUCCUGCUACCACAUGCGUGUCGCACACUGCAAACCCCCGCGGCACGUGUCCCCACGUGUGCACAGGUGUGUGCGGACACUCAGGGAUGGAGCCGCUGCUGAGGGGACUUGGGGAGAGGCUCGUCAACAAGGAUGUUCCGGAAAUUUCUCUACAAGUGAUGCACAGGCCCGACCACAGGUGCUGUGGGCAAGGGGGUCCCCUCCCUUGGGUGAGCGAGCCCGGGCUCUUAAGGACUCACGUCACCUCUCCCCAGCGGUCCUCUCUCUCUGUCUCGAAACACUGCAGCGACCGCCUGGUGGCUCACGCAGGUAGGACAGGGCCUUUACUCCUAGGGGCUGGGCACUGUCCCGAAACCCAGCUCAGGAGUGCAGACCUCUUGUCGUGGCUCAGCACUCAGCUCGGACCCAGCUGUGGCUGCAGAAACUGAGACGCAUCCGACCACAUCCUUAACCCCCUCCCUCAGGAUCGUCAUCUCCCUGAAACCUACACAGGCGCCGGGUUUGGGUGUCUGGGUCCCUUCCCUCCAGCCUAAACUGACAUCAUCCUGUACACUGAGCCGGCCACUCCCUGGCUGGGGUGGCGGGAGGCUGUGCCCGGAGCCGCCCCCCACCGGGGUCCCCAGCUAUUAGGUGCCGGGGUAGAGGUGGAGAGGCCCGGGGACCGGUCAACCUGGGUGUCUGGUCGGGUGACCC